GCAGCAUCCGCUAGCUGGGCAGUUUAGCAUCGAGCUGGACGAGGAGCUGAAAUCAGACAUAUUUAAACAUCUGCUUGUUUUCAGASGUUAUGCUUUCAGCCUUAUUUUGCUGAACUUUAAGUCCGUUUAACUGGAAACGUUUAAGGCCCAGUCGAAGAUGCAGUUCAUGCUGCUGUUCAGCCGCCAGGGCAAGCUGAGGUUACAGAAGUGGUAUGUUCCUCUGUCCGACAAGGAGAGGAAGAAGAUCUCCAGGGACCUGGUCCAGACCAUCCUGGCCCGGAAGCCCAAGAUGUGCAGCUUCUUGGAGUGGAGAGACCUGAAGAUUGUGUACAAAAGAUACGCCAGCCUGUACUUCUGCUGUGCAGUGGAGGAUCAGGACAACGAGCUCAUCACCCUGGAGAUCAUCCACAGAUACGUGGAGCUGCUGGACAAAUACUUCGGCAGCGUGUGUGAGCUCGACAUCAUCUUCAACUUUGAGAAGGCCUACUUCAUCCUGGAYGAGUUCCUGCUGGGAGGAGAGGCUCAGGAAACGUCCAAGAAGAACGUUCUGAAGGCCAUCGAGCAGGCCGACCUGCUGCAGGAGGAAGCCGAGGCGCCACGAAGCGUCCUGGAGGAGAUCGGGCUGACAUAAAGCGGUCCGUCCUCAGACCUGACCCACGUCCUCGUUGUGUCUUCCUUUUGUCCGUCAGUGUUGUGUAUUAUUGUCCUGUUGUGUAGCGUCCUCAGUGUGCGUUGUGUGUCCUGCAGUAUUCAGCGUCACUCUACAGAUGUAGCAUCGACACAAACCCAGCAUGUUCCUCUCACCGCUCUGCAGCUGCUCUCACAGCACACAUCUAGAACAGACAGGUUCAUAAAGGCCUGGGACCACCUGAAGGAACAGACCCCGCCCCCCAGAGUCUCAGGACCAGACGAGACGGACUCUUUGGUCAAAGCCUGAAAAUAAAAUGUUUGCAGUAUUACUGGGACAGCUCCAGAUUUGUUUGUGUUGUUCAUGACUGUCAGCUGSUCCUGAGUCCAAAAGUUAACAUCUGAAUUUGUUUUAUUUCUUCUUUAAUCAUCAAUCAGGCCACCUCAUUUAGUUUAUUUAAUUAAAUGUGCUUUUAUAGGAAUCAGUUUUUACAGAUUCUAUGGAGGUCAUUUUGUAUUUUUAUUAUUCAAUCAAAAAGUUUUUUUGCAAAACAAACUUUUUUUUUGUCAUGUCAAAUCUUUUUUGAAUCUCAAAUUUUGGUUGAUGAUCCAAGUUCAGAACUGUUUAGAGUUCAGCCAGAAACUCAGAACUUGAACCAUGUGGGCGGAGCCUAAUGAGGAACUAUGUAAGACGUGUCCCUAUUGGUGCAAGAAGAAAAAAGCUUCAGUCCGCAUUAACCAAUACGGACACAUCUGACACAGUUCCUCAUUAGGCCCCGCCCAGGAUGUUUAUGUUCUGAGUUCAACCAAAAGUUUCAGAUUCAACCAGAGGUUUAUAACGUGAAAAAAAGUUAGUUUUAAAAAUAAUUUUGUUGAAACUGCCUUUUUUUAUAAUAAAAACACAAAAUUACCUCCAUAAUUCUCCUACAUGUUUGUUUUAAAGCAGUUCUUGUUAAAUUUUAACUAAAAGASAGAAAAACUGACAUCAGUCGACCUGUAUGAACCAAGAACUGAGUUCCACUGAAAUCCUCUGUGGUUCAUGAGAUAUUUUGCUAACAGAUCAGUGKUUGAUGUUGAUGUUUUAAGGAGGUUAGUUGGUUAUGGCGGCCAUCUUGAAUCAGGCUGACACACUGUUUAUCACUUGUAGAUUAAAGUCUGUUCAGUAAUUUGAGAUAUUUUGCUAACAGUACAAACAGGAACAAAAGGUGAUCAUUAAAAGCACACUUUUACUACAACUGUUGUAAAAUAUAAAAGCAGCCGUCACUAAAUAAUAAAAAUAUUUAGAUUAGUUGUUUCUGGGUUCAGAACCGAAACGAAAUAAAAAAAAAGUUUUGAGCCUCAGAUCAGACACUUGACACACACAGGAAGUCAUCACAAACUCACUGUUUGUUCUGCAGCACAGUUUCAAUCCAGUAUUUAAAUCUAAUUUAUGAACAGGAAAAAGGGGGCGGGGUUAAAUCGUGGGUCAGACGGUUCUGAGACCAAAGAAACGUAAAAAAAUAGUUUCCUGUUUUUGAUUCCAAUUUAUUUUCUUUGAAUGUGAGAAAUGUCUAAUUUUCUUCUUUUUAAAGAUGAUUUGAUCUGAAUGUUUGGCUGGAUUAACUCUAAAAUACUGUCAAAUUACAUUUAUUUACAUUCAGAUUAAGUUGAACAGUUGAUCUGUUUUCUGUUUGUGGAUGUUUCUCCUGGUUUAGAACAAAUCAUCACUUCUUUAUUUCACAGUAAAUAAAACAGGAGUUUAUGAAUAAAAACUAAUUAUUGAACAAACUCACAUUUCAUUCAUGAUGAAGUCAUUUUGUUUUUAACUUUUGUUAUAUUUGAAACAAUAAAUGUGUUCAAGAAAA